UCUCAUGCGUUUUGUCGUCAAAAGAAGCGAAAAAAAGAUUAAAAAUUCUGACCUCGAAUAAGCUCUCUCGACCUACUCAUUGACGAAGAAGAGCUACCACCGACGCAGUGAAAAAGCUAAACGCAACGGAGAAAACCGUCCCUUGGGUUCAGUUCAAUACGCUAUGCCGGGCCCAGUUAUGUUGCCAUGGGCUGCAUUUACCACAACAAUCCUGCUUAUUUCAAAUUUGGCUUCUGCUUCGAGUCUGAAUUCUACAAAUGAGCACAAAAAACUGAGACAGGAAGUAAUCGAUGCGACGCAUGGCGCUGUUGCGACGGAUGAUCGUCGAUGUUCGCGAAUCGGGUCGGACGUUCUCCGUGAAGGAGGGCAUGCCGUUGAUGCUGCCGUCGCUGCCGCUCUUUGUUUGGGGGUUGUGAGUCCGGCGUCGAGUGGCCUCGGUGGUGGAGCCUUCCUGGUUCUCAGGUUAGCUAAUGGCCAAGCCAAAGCCUUCGACAUGCGAGAAACUGCUCCUUCCCUUGCUUCUCAGAAUAUGUAUGCUGGCAAUACUACUCUGAAGGAGAGAGGUGCGCUCGCUGUGGCAGUCCCCGGAGAACUUGCUGGCCUUUACAAAGCGUGGAAACAAGAUGGGAAGCUGCCAUGGAAGAGGCUUGUGCAGCCAGCAGAGGCUCUGGCUCGUCAAGGGUUUAAGAUAUCACCGUACUUCCACAUGCAAAUGGUUCGAACAGAAUCAUUCAUAUUACAUGACCCGGGACUUCGCGCUAUUUUCACAUCAAAAGGAAAACUCUUGCGGAUAGGUGACAUAUGCCGCAAUAAGAAGCUAGCAGAAACGUUAAGAACAAUAUCCGAAUCUGGUCCACAAGCCUUCUAUAAUGGAACAAUUGGCCUUAAUUUAGUCAGAGAUGUUAAGAAGGCUGGAGGUAUUUUGAGCAUGAGAGACCUGAAAACAUACAGUGCUAAACAGAAAGAACCAUUAGCUGCAGACGUUCUUGGACUAAAGAUCCUCGGCAUGCCUCCUCCCUCGGGUGGCCCCCCGAUGAUACUUAUGCUGAACAUUCUAGCUCAAUAUGAAGUCCCUUCUGGUUUUUUAGGUCCCCUUGGGAUCCAUCGAGAAAUUGAGGCUCUGAAACACGUAUUUGCUGUGAGAAUGAAUCUUGGUGAUCCGGAUUUUGUAAAUAUAACGACAGUUCUUUCAGACAUUCUUUCUCCCAAGUUUGCCAAGGAGUUGAAGAAAGAAAUCAAUGACAAUAAGACCUUUGGUCCUAGUCAUUAUGGUGGAAGGUGGAAUCAGGUCAGAGAUCAUGGCACCAGUCAUGUAUGCGUCAUAGAUCAGGAGCGAAAUGCUGUUUCUAUGACUGUCACCAUAAAUGCUUAUUUUGGAGCAGGAAUGCUUUCACCAAGUACAGGAAUAGUGUUGAACAACGAGAUGGAUGAUUUCUCCAUGCCUGCAAAUGUUUCGAACAGUGUUCCACCACCCGCGCCUGCCAAUUUUAUCGUGCCACGAAAACGACCUUUAUCGUCCAUGUCUCCUGCUAUAGUCCUUAAGGAUGGAAAGCUGAAAGCUGUGAUAGGUGCCAGUGGAGGAGCUAUGAUCAUUGCUGGAACUGCAGAAGUUCUUUUGAAUCAUUUUGUCAGAGGAAUGGAUCCUUUUCAUUCUGUAAUGUCUCCAAGGGUUUAUCACCAGUUGAUACCUAACGUGGUUAAUUAUGAGAACUGGACUACGGUGAGCGGUGACCACAUAGAACUUUCUGAUCACAUGAGGGCAACCCUUCAAAAGAAGGGCCAUGUCCUACAAGGCCUUGCAGGAGGGACUAUUUGCCAGUUUAUUGUUCAAGAUGCUGAGCGGUACAAAAAUGGUAACGAUAUUGGAAAGCUAGUGGCAGUGAGCGACCCAAGAAAGGGUGGUUUUCCUGCAGGCUUUUAGAAUAAUUCAUUGAGAACGAUUCCUGUUCAAUUUUUGCAUGGUCUUUCUGUUGGCUCCAUUAUGAGCUAGGAAUAAAAGAUUCCGAAGUUCUUUCUAGGAAUCAUUGACAUGCCACUUUCCCCUUGUUUCAAGGUGGGGCAAAUCUUUCCUCGUAUCUAGAAAAGCAAUUCAGAUUCAGUGCAAGUUUUUUUUUUGUGGAAAUGUGACUCUAUUUACUAUCCUCGUGAAAAUAUUCAUUUCCCCUUCCACACUUCAGAUAGACCUCCUGCAUCUUCCUUCACGCUGGUUUAACUUUUACCCACGGAUUAAAUAAUUUGAAGAUGUUAGCCAAAUGGCUAUGAAGACAAUA